AUGGAAGAGUAUAAAAGAGAUAAAGACUUCAAUAGAAUCAAUAACUCUACAGAACCUGUUGAAAUAGCACAAUUAAACAAAGUAGAUGUAGACAUCAAUAGUAUUGUGAAUAGACUUGUGGCACUCAAAGGCCACAUCGUCAAAGACUAUUCAAAAUAUGAUAAAGAAAAUGAUCAGACCAAUAAAGACAUAAUAUUCAAUAAUACCAAUGUAUUUUUGGUUGAAUUUACGCAGAUAUCACCAAAGAAAAGUGAUGAAUAUCUAAAGAUAAAAUUGUUGGAUGAUGAUUCAUAUAGUAAUAUUCAAGUGUUCGAUAAAAGAAAAAGAGACGAUGACA